GGGUUCUCCCGGCUCAGGGAAGAUUCGCCUACAAACUGAUGAACGAUCUCUUUAUGAAUUACUCCAACGCGCUUCGACCCGUAGAAGACAUGGACAAGGCCAUGAAUGUCACCUUGCAGGUCACUCUGUCCCAGAUCAUCGACAUGGAUGAGCGGAAUCAGAUCUUGAUGGCGUAUCUGUGGAUCCGUCAGGUUUGGUUUGACGCUUACCUGCGCUGGAACAAGGAAGAUUAUGAUGGUCUCGAUACCAUCCGCAUACCCAGCAGUUAUGUAUGGAGACCCGAUAUCGUCCUAUACAACAG